GAAUAUAUCUUCAUUUCACAAUAUAGGUGGCAGCAAACCUAAAGUAUACAGUGAUUUCUUGUUUGAUUUGUUAAUUCGAUUUAUACAGAUAUGAACUCGUUUUUUAAUGUAUAUAGAUCAUUUUUUUAAUUAAUUUUGCUGAUUAUAAUCUUGUCUGCUGAUUAAGUGCUGUUGGGCAAUAUGCACGAAUCGAUAAAGUUUGACAUUAAAGAGGUUAAAACCGAUCUUUUGCGCGCGAUAAAUGAAUGCUCCCAACGUGGAUUAUUGCAUACUACAAAAUGGCUAGCUGAAUUGAGUUACUCUUUGAAAGACGUCAAGAUAGACGUUCUCGAUACUACUGCAGACUUGUAUUUAGCGGAUACAAGCGAAGAGGAAGAUACAUAUAUUUUAGCGAAAACUUAUUUUGACUUGAAAGAAUAUGACAGAGCUGCAUACUUCACAGAGGAAUGCAAAACGCCAAAAGUUCGAUUUUUAUAUUUAUACUCUCGCUAUUUAUCAGGCGAAAAGAAAAAGAUAGAUGAUAUGACGGUGGUGCCUCCAGAUCCAUUAAAAAAUGAAAGUUUGAGAUUAUUAUGCUCUGACUUGAGGAAAGAUCAUAUGGCAGACAAACUUGAUGGUUUUAGUCUUUAUCUUUUUGGCGUGACUUUAAAAAAAUUACAGCUUACUAGGGAAGCGAUGAAUGUGUUGGUUGAGGCAACUCAUAAGCAACCAAUGCAUUGGGGAUCAUGGUUAGAAUUGGCUUCUUUAAUCACUGACAGAGAAAAGCUUGAAAAUCUCUGUUUACCUAAUCAUUGGAUAAAGCAUUUCUUUAUGGCUCAUAUGUAUUUAGAACUGCAGUUAAUAGAUGAAGGUUUAGCAUUAUACUGUAAGUUACAAUCAAUGGGGUUUGAAAAGAAUGGUUAUGUACUUGCUCAAACUGCAAUGACUGUAAACUACAGAAGAGAUGUUGAUAAUGCUAUAGAAACAUUUAAGAAAAUAAUAAAAGCAGACCCUUAUUGCUUAGAUAAUAUGGAUACAUAUUCUAAUAUUCUUUAUGUAAAAGAAAUGAAAGUUGAAUUGGCAUAUUUAGCUCAUAGAGCAACAGAAAUUGAUAAAUACAGAUUAGAAACAUGUUGCAUAGUAGGAAAUUAUUACAGUUUAAGGGGAGAUCAUCAAAAGGCAUCAAUGUAUUUUCAUAGAGCAUUAAAAUUAAAUCCACAGUACCUUUCUGCUUGGACAUUGCUUGGUCAUGAGUUUAUGGAAAUGAGAAAUACAAAUGGUGCUAUUCACAGCUACAGACAAGCUAUUGAAGUCAAUAAGCGGGAUUACAGAGCAUGGUAUGGUUUGGGUCAAACAUAUGAAAUUCUGAAAAUGCCAUUUUACGCUCUUUACUAUUACAAACAGGCUCAGUUAUUAAGGCCUCAUGAUAGUAGAAUGGUACAGGCAUUAGGAGAAGCAUAUGAAAAACAAAAUAAAAUACAAGACGCAUUAAAAUGUUAUUACAAAGCAUGCAAUGUUGGUGAUAUUGAAGGAAUGGCAUUGUUAAAAUUAGCCACGUUAUAUGAAAAAUUAGGUGAACAUGAUCAUGCAGCAGCAGCGUACACGGAUUUUGUAAUGGAUGAAUUUAUAAAUGCAGAUAGAGCUGAUUUGAGUCACGCGUACAAAUAUUUAACACAGUAUCAUUUAAAACGAGAACAAUUGGAUCAUGCUAAUCAUUAUGCACAAAAAUGUUUGCAAUUUGAUGAAACAAAAGAAGAAGCCAAAGCAUUACUAAGAACAAUUGCACAAAAGAGAGGAAAAUUUGAGCAUUCGAUGGUGGUGGAAGAUAUGAAUGAAACAGAAGUUAUCGAACAAGGAGAAAGAGCAGAUGUUACACCAGGAAGUCAAUUAUCGCCGAUGAAUUUGUCAUUUAUGCCUACACCGUAAUAUACUAUUUAAUUCUUUAAGUUGUCGGUUUAUACAUUGUACAUAUUUUUAAUAAAUGGUGAAAUCAUCUCUUUUA